CACGCCGGAAGUUCCGGUGGCGGGUCGCCGACCGGGCGGAGCUGAUCGCUGCGCGGGCUGCGAGACCUAGGUGGCCGGGCGCGGAGCCCAAGCCGUGCCGCGCGGCGCCAUGAAGGGCAAGGAGGAAAAGGAGGGCGGCGCGCGGCUGGGCACUGGCGGUGGCAGCCCUGAUAAGAGCCCGAGUGCGCAGGAGCUCAAGGAGCAGGGGAACCGGCUCUUCGUGGGCCGCAAGUACCAGGAGGCGGCGGCCUGCUACGGCCGCGCCAUCACCCGGAACCCACUUGUGGCAGUGUACUACACCAACCGGGCUCUGUGCUAUCUGAAGAUGCAGCAGCCUGAACAGGCACUUGCUGACUGCCGGAGAGCCCUGGAGCUGGAUGGGCAGUCUGUGAAGGCACACUUCUUCCUGGGGCAAUGCCAGCUAGAGAUGGAGAGUUAUGAUGAGGCCAUUGCCAAUCUGCAGCGAGCCUAUAGUUUGGCCAAGGAGCAGCGACUCAACUUUGGAGAUGAUAUCCCUAGUGCCCUCCGCAUUGCUAAGAAGAAGCGCUGGAACAGUAUCGAGGAACGGCGCAUUCACCAGGAGAGUGAGCUGCACUCUUAUCUCACCAGGCUCAUUGCUGCUGAGAGAGAGAGGGAACUGGAAGAGUGUCAGCGGAACCACGAGGGUGAUGAGGACGAUGGCCACAUCCGGGCCCAGCAGGCCUGCAUUGAGGCCAAGCACGAUAAAUACAUGGCAGACAUGGAUGAGCUCUUCUCUCAGGUGGACGAGAAAAGAAAGAAGCGAGAUAUCCCUGACUACUUGUGUGGCAAGAUCAGCUUUGAGCUGAUGCGGGAGCCCUGCAUCACACCCAGUGGUAUCACUUAUGAUCGUAAGGACAUUGAGGAGCACCUGCAGCGUGUGGGCCACUUUGACCCUGUGACCCGGAGCCCUCUGACCCAGGAACAGCUCAUCCCCAACUUGGCCAUGAAGGAAGUCAUUGAUGCAUUCAUCUCUGAGAACGGCUGGGUAGAGGACUACUAAGACCCCAUAUCCUGCCUGGCACCCUGGCCCAGGAGGGUCUGGAAACAGAAGCUCCAGUUCCUGUAUAUAGUUUGUGUCCCUGGGCCUACCCCCAUCAGUCCUUGCUGAUGGGUUCUGAACUGCUCCCCUUCUCGGCAUAUCCCUUGCUGGGCCAUGAGCCUCCCCUGCCCCCCUUCUGGGCUGGAAAGCGGGUAAGGGUGGGCUGAGGUUGCUGCUGCUGCCACUGUCCUGUAAUAAAGUCUGUGAGCACUA